UUUCGUAACACAGAUUUGCUCUGAAAUUUUAGGGUUUCGUCCUAAACGACUCUGUUCGUGUUCGGUGUCUGAAUUCGCAAUUCCGAAGCUAUGUGUACCGACGUUGAUAUGCCUUUAGCACCAGCUUGUACCGGCGACUCAACGAUGCUGUCUCCGUCUCGUUAUCAAUUAGAGGCGAAACUGAAUGUGAAGAGCAGAAUCUGGAAUCAACUAAAUUCAAACCGUUACGGUGAUAAGAGAAGGCUAGGGUUCAUGGAGACUCAGAAGGAAGAUAUGCCACCAGAGCAUCUAAGGAAGAUUGUGAGAGAACAUGGUGAUAUGUCAUCGAAGAAGUAUCGUAACGACAAGCGAGUUUAUCUCGGUGCUCUUAAGUUUGUUCCACACGCUGUCUUUAAGCUUUUGGAGAACAUGCCUAUGCCUUGGGAACAGGUUAGAGAUGUUAAGGUUUUGUAUCACAUUACUGGAGCUAUUACGUUUGUUAAUGAGAUUCCUUUGGUUGUUGAACCUGUUUACAUGGCUCAAUGGGGUACUAUGUGGAUUAUGAUGCGUAGGGAGAAGAGAGACCGUAGACAUUUUAAGAGGAUGCGGUUUCCACCGUUUGAUGAUGAGGAGCCUGUUCUGGAUUAUGCUGAUAAUUUGAUGGAUGUUGAUCCUUUGGAGCCUAUUCAGUUGGAUCUUGAUGAGGGAGAUGAUUCUUGUGUGUACAAUUGGUUUUAUGACCAUAGGCCACUUUUGAAGACGAGUAUGAUCAAUGGUCCGAGUUACAAGAGGUGGAAUCUUUCACUUCCGGUUAUGGCAACGCUUCACAGGCUUGCAGGUCAGUUGCUUUCUGAUCUUGUUGAUCGGAACUAUUUCUAUUUGUUUGAUAUGCCAUCGUUCUGCACUGCCAAGGCGUUGAAUAUGUGUAUACCUGGUGGUCCUAAGUUUGAACCUUUGUAUCGUGAUAUGGAGAAAGGUGAUGAGGAAUGGAACGAGUUUAAUGACAUCAACAAGGUUAUCACUCGAUCAAGGCUGCGAACUGAAGGCAGGAUUGCGUUUCCCUACUUGUACAAUAACAGGCCAAGGAAAGUUAAGCUAUGUGCGUAUCACACUCCAAUGGUUAUGUUUAUCAAGACAGAGGAUCCUGAUCUUCCUGCGUUUUAUUAUGAUCCGUUAAUUAACCCGAUUAGCAACACUUUUCAUGACAGGAAGGUUUAUGAUGAGGAUGAAUUUGUUUUACCAAACGGAGUGGAGCCUUUGCUGCUAGAUACUCAGCUUUACACUGACACUACAACUGAUGGGAUUUCGUUGUUGUUUGCACCAAGACCUUUCAAUAUGAGAUCUGGGAAGACACGACGGGCAGAAGAUAUACCGCUGGUGUCGGAGUGGUUUAAGGAGCACUGUCCUUCAUCACAUCCGGUCAAAGUUCGGGUUAGUUACCAGAAGCUUUUGAAAUGUUAUGUUCUGAAUGAGUUGCACCGUAGACCACCUAAAGCUCAGAAGAAAAAGCACUUGUUCCGAUCUCUCGCAGGUACUAAGUUUUUCCAAAGCACUGAACUUGAUUGGGUUGAAGCGGGUCUGCAAGUUUGUCGGCAGGGGUAUAAUAUGUUGAAUCUGUUGAUUCACAGGAAGGGUUUAAACUACCUGCAUCUAGAUUACAACUUCAACCUCAAGCCAGUUAAGACUUUGACGACUAAAGAGCGCAAGAAGUCUCGUUUUGGGAAUGCUUUCCAUCUCUGUCGCGAGAUUCUCAGGCUGACAAAACUUGUAGUUGACGCAAAUGUCCAGUUCAGGUUGGGGAAUGUUGACGCCUUCCAAUUGGCUGAUGGUCUGCAAUAUAUUUUCUCCCAUGUUGGCCAAUUGACAGGUAUGUAUCGCUAUAAGUACAGGCUGAUGAGACAGAUUAGGAUGUGUAAGGAUUUAAAGCACUUGAUUUACUACCGUUUUAAUACUGGCCCUGUGGGUAAAGGACCAGGGUGUGGGUUUUGGGCUCCAAUGUGGAGAGUGUGGUUGUUUUUCCUCCGUGGAAUAGUUCCUCUACUUGAACGAUGGUUAGGAAAUCUUCUUGGACGUCAAUUUGAGGGGCGUCAUUCAAAAGGAGUGGCAAAGACCGUCACAAAACAAAGAGUCGAGAGCCAUUUUGAUUUGGAGCUUCGAUCUGCUGUCAUGCAUGAUGUUGUUGAUGCCAUGCCAGAGGGAAUCAAGCAGAAUAAAGUGCGGACGAUAGAGCAGCACCUUAGUGAGGCAUGGCGGUGUUGGAAAGCUAAUAUUCCUUGGAAGGUUCCUGAACUGCCUGUGCCAGUUGAGAAUUUGAUCCUCCGGUAUGUGAAGCAUAAGGCUGAUUGGUGGACAAAUGUUACUCACUACAAUCGUGAACGCAUCAGAAGAGGUGCAACUGUUGAUAAGACAGUUUGUAGAAAGAAUCUUGGAAGAAUGACUCGUCUUUGGUUAAAGACAGAACAGGAAAGACAGCACAAUUACCUGAAAGACGGUUCACCUGUAACCCCAGAAGAAGCCGUGGCAACUUAUAGAACUACAGUAGAGUGGCUGGAAGCAAGGAAAUUUUCACCAAUUCCAUUCCCUCCUCUGUCGUACAAACAUGAGACAAAGUUGCUCAUCCUCGCCCUUGAGAGACUGAAAGAAUCAUGUGGAGGUGAAAGGUUGAACCAGCAACAGCGAGAAGAGCUUGGUUUAAUUGAACAAGCGUAUGACAACCCUCAUGAAACUCUAGCACGGAUUAAACGUCACCUUUUCACACAACGUCAGUUCAAAGAAGUGGGCAUUGAGUUUAUGGAUCUCUACAGCUAUUUGAUACCGGUCUAUGAAAUUGAUCCUUUAGAGAAAAUUACGGAUGCCUAUCUUGAUCAAUACUUGUGGUAUGAGGCUGACAAGCGCCACUUGUUUCCGAACUGGAUUAAGCCUGCAGACUCAGAGCCGCCACCUCUUCUAGUUUACAAGUGGUGUCAGGGUAUAAAUAAUUUGCAAGGCAUAUGGGACACAUCCGAUGGGCAGUGUGUGGUGAUGCUCCAGACAAAGUUUGAAAAGUUGUUUGAGAAGGUUGAUUUCACAUUAUUGAACAAGCUUCUUCGUUUGAUUGUUGACCCCAGUAUUGCAGACUACGUGACUGCCAAGAAUAAUGUGGAUCUGUCUUACAAGGAUAUGAGACAUACUAACUCAUAUGGUCUCAUUAGGGGACUUCAGUUCUCAUCCUUUGUUACUCAGUUUUAUGGACUAGUGUUGGAUCUUUUGCUUCUUGGUUUAACUAGAGCGAGUGAGAUUGCUGGCCGACCGCAGAUGCCUAACGAGUUUAUGACCUAUUGGGAUACAAAAGUUGAGACGCGACAUCCUAUAAGACUAUAUUCUCGGUAUAUAGACAAGGUGCAUAUAAUGUUUAAAUUUAGCCAUGAAGAGGCUCGAGAUCUUAUUCAACGUUAUCUUAGGGAGCAUCCUGAUCCCAACAAUGAGAACAUGGUGGGGUAUAACAACAAGAAGUGCUGGCCGAGAGAUGCCAGGAUGAGGUUGAUGAAACAUGAUGUCAAUCUUGGUAGAAGUAUCUUCUGGGAAAUGAAGAACCGUCUUCCGCGGAGCCUUACAACUUUUGAGUGGGAGAAUAGCUUUGUCUCUGUGUACAGCAAAGACAAUCCUCAUCUGCUGUUCAACAUGUGUGGAUUUGAAAUCCGCAUACUUCCAAAAGUCAGAAUGAGCCAAGAAGCUUUCAGCAACAUAGGGGAUGGUGUAUGGAAUUUACAGAAUGAACAGACUAAAGAGAAGACUGCCGUUGCUUUUCUGCGGGUUGAUGAAGAACACAUGAAGGUGUUUGAGAAUCGUGUGAGGCAAAUUUUGAUGUCAUCAGGGUCAACCACAUUUACCAAAAUCGCUAAUAAAUGGAACACAACUUUGAUAGGUCUCAUGACUUAUUUUCGCGAAGCCACUCUGCAUACGCCAGAGCUCAUUGAUCUGUUGGUUAAAGGUGAAAGUAAAAUCCAAACAAGGAUUAAGAUUGGGCUGAACUCAAAGAUGCCUAGUCGAUUUCCUCCUGUUGUCUUUUACACUCCGAAGGAACUCGGCGGGCUUGGAAUGCUGUCUAUGAGUCAUAUUUUAAUUCCACAAAGUGAUAUUCAGUACAGCAGGCAAACAGACGUUGGUGUUACCCACUUUAGGAGUGGAAUGAGUCAAGGAGAGGAUUUGAAGAUACCCAAUCUUUACCGUUACAUACAGCCAUGGGAAAGUGAGUUUAUUGAUUCACAGCGGGUGUGGGCAGAAUAUGCCUUAAAGAGGCAGGAGGCACAGGCCCAAAAUAGACGGCUUACACUUGAGGAUCUGGAAGACUCUUGGGAUAGGGGACUUCCACGUAUCAACACACUGUUUCAGAAGGAUAGGCACACAUUAGCUUAUGAUAAAGGUUGGAGAGUGCGGACCGACUUCAAGCAGUACCAGGUUCUGAGACAAAAUCCUUUCUGGUGGACUCAUCAGAGGCAUGACGGGAAGUUGUGGAACCUAAACAAUUAUCGAACAGAUGUAAUCCAAGCUCUUGGAGGUGUUGAGAGUAUUCUUGAGCACACUUUAUUUAAGGCAACAUACUUCCCAACAUGGGAGGGUCUGUUCUGGGAGAAAGCAUCUGGGUUUGAGGAAUCAAUGAAAUAUAAGAAGCUUACAAAUGCACAAAGGUCUGGUCUGAACCAGAUUCCUAAUAGAAGAUUCACGCUCUGGUGGUCGCCAACAAUCAAUCGAGCAAAUGUUUAUGUCGGUUUUCAAGUGCAGUUGGAUCUAACUGGAAUAUUCAUGCAUGGAAAGAUUCCCACUCUUAAGAUCUCUUUGAUUCAGAUUUUUCGUGCCCACAUGUGGCAAAUGAUCCACGAGAGCAUCGUUAUGGAUCUUUGCCAAGUAUUGGACCAACAAAUGGAUGAGUUUGGGAUAGAUAUUGUGCAGAAGGAGACGAUUCAUCCAAGAAAGAGUUACAAAAUGAAUAGCUCUUGUGCUGAUAUUCUUCUGUUUGGUGUCUGUAAAUGGGCAAUGUCGAAGCCAAGUCUGGUGACUGACUCGAAUGAUAUGUUUGAUCAGAAAGCUGGUAAUAAGUAUUGGAUAGAUGUACAGCUUCGAUGGGGAGAUUAUGACUCUCAUGAUAUUGAACGUUACACUAGGGCCAAAUUCAUGGAUUAUACAACGGAUAACAUGUCGAUUUAUCCAGCUCCAACAGGUGUGAUGAUUGGGAUUGAUUUGGCAUAUAAUGUGUAUUCUGCUUAUGGUAAUUGGUUUCCUGGUUUAAAAUCUCUGGUUACUAAAGCAAUGAACAAGAUUAUGAAGUCAAAUCCUACGUUAUAUGGGCUGAGAGAAAGGAUAAGAAAAGGUUUGCAGUUAUACUCAUCUGAGCCUACAGAGCCAAAUUUGUCAUCUCAAAACUAUGGUGAAAUAUUCAGCAAUCAGAUUAUAUGGUUUAUUGAUGAUACCAACGUCUAUCGUGUGACGAUGCAUAAGACGUUUGAAGGAAAUCUGACGACAAAGCCAAUCAAUGGUGCACUUUUUAUUUUCAAUCCAAGAACUGGGCAGUUAUACCUGAAGGUUAUGCAUACAAGCGUUUGGGCCGGUCAGAAGCGUCUUAGUCAGCUUGCAAAAUGGAAAACUGCUGAAGAGGUUGCUGCGCUUGUGCGGUCUUUCCCUGUUGAAGAACAACCAAAACAACUUAUUGUGACUCGUAAAGGAAUGUUGGAUCCCACUCAGGCCACCAUGAAGGAUUUCCCCAACAUUGUUAUCAAGGGAAGCGAACUGCAGCUUCCAUUUCAGGCUUGCCUGAAGAUUGAGAAAUUUGGUGAUCAGAUUUUGAAAGCCACUGAGCCAAAGAUGCUCCUCUUCAAUAUAUAUGAUGAUUGGUUGACAAGUAUAUCUUCAUACACUGCCUUCUCAAGACUCAUUCUUAUCCUUCGUGCUCUUCAUGUCAACAAUGAGAAAGCUAAGAUGUUAUUGAAGCCCGACAAGUCUGUUGUUACUGAGACACAUCACAUCUGGCCUUCUUUCACUGACGACCAAUGGAUAAAGGUGGAGGUUGCCCUUAAAGAUCUCAUCCUUUCUGACUAUGCCAUGAAGAAUACCGUGAAUAUAUCAGCUUUGACACAGUCAGAGAUAAGAGAUAUUAUACUUGGAGCUGAGAUAACUCCACCGUCUCAACAAAGGCAACAAAUAGCUGCACUUGAUAAACAGGCCAAAGAAGUGAGACAGCUUAGUGCAGUCACAACGAGGACCACUAAUGUUCAUGGUGAUGCACUCAUUGUCACCACCUUUAGUCCCUAUGAGCAAUCUACAUUUGGUUCCAAAACAGAUUGGCGCGUCCGUGCAAUCUCAGCUACUAACCUCCAUCUUAGGGUCAACCACAUUUAUGUGAAUUCAUAUGACGUAAAUGAAACAGGAUACACCUACAUAAUGCCAAAGAAUAUCUUGAAGAAGUUCAUACUCAUAGCAGAUCUUCGUACUCAGAUUGCUGGGUAUUUGUAUGGUAUAAGUCCCCCUGAUAAUCCUCAAGUCAAGGAAAUUCGAUGCGUUGUGAUGGUGCCACAGCGAGGAUCUCAUCAGCAAGUUCACUUACCGUCAUCUCUUCCUGAGCAUGACUUCUUAAAGGAUCUUGAGCCUUUGGGCUGGAUGCACACACAACCUAAUGAGCUUCCUCAAUUGUCACCACAAGAUGUUAUGUCGCAUGCCCGUUUUCUGGAGAAUAAUAAGCAAUGGGACAGAGAGAAAUGUAUUAUCUUGACUUGCAGUUUCACUCCAGGCUCAUGUUCGUUGACCUCAUAUAAGCUGACACAAACUGGAUAUGAAUGGGGACGUCUCAACAAGGACAGUGGCAACAAUCCCCAAGAUUAUCUUCCAACACACUAUGACAAGGUUCAAAUGCUAUUGAGUGACCGGUUCCUUGGGUUUUACAUGGUUCCUGAUAACGGACCAUGGAACUAUAACUUUAUGGGAGUGAAGCACACAGUGAGCAUGAAAUACAGUUUGAAUCUCGGAAACCCCAAGGAGUUCUAUGACAUUGAGCAUCGACCCACUCAUUAUCUGGAGUUCAGCAAUAUGGAGGAGGAUGAUGACUUUAGCGAGAAAGAUCGUGAGGACUGUUUUGCUUGACAUUAUAUCUUUUAGUCCCUUCUUGUUACCUUUGCACCUGUGUCUUAUAAGAAUCUUAUGUCUAUGACCGCAUUUAUAUUCUUGUUCAUUGUUGGGAUUAAUUGAUCUACAAAUGUAACCAGUCUUUUGGUUUAAGUUAUAACAUUAUUGAUGCAGUGUCGAGUAUUGUCUUCA